GGUUGCGUGCGUUUUGUACACAAACAGCGGGCGCUGCUCCUCGGACCGAUUCUCCGCCCGGCGUCCCGCCUCUGAGCUCCUGAGGCCGGCCUCAUCCCUCCCGGAGGCUCCCCAUUAUCACCGCAACCUCCCCUCCCCCACCACUGGGCCUAGGCCUAGGCCUAGGCCUUCCCCUUCCCCCCGCUACUCCCUCACAGCCUGGGGACUCUCCUACACCCUCAGGCCUUUCAGCAGCUGCGGGGAAGUCGGGUUUUACUUCACCUCUCUCUCUUUCCCCCCCAAGCCCCCUGUGUCCUGCUUUCACCCGGGGUGCGGGGGAGGUAAAGCUACAGCAUGUCCGGAAGCCCCGAGAAGAGCCUGACUGCUCAGGAGCUGAAGGAGCAAGGAAACCGCCUGUUCCUCAGCAGAAAGUAUCAGGAAGCCGCGGCCUCCUACAGCAAGGCCAUUGUCAGGAAGGAACUGAAGCGGAGAGAGUGCCCCUGUUGCUGGUGGAGAUCGAACCGUAACCCAUCUGUGGCUGUGUACUACACAAAUCGUGCCCUGUGUUACGUGAAGAUGCAGCAGUUUGAUAAGGCAGUGGCAGAUUGUAAACAUGCUCUGGAGUUGGACAGCCAGUCUGUUAAAGCCCACUUCUUCCUGGGACAAUGCCAACUGGAAAUGGAGAACUAUGAUGAAGCUAUUGGCAACCUGCAGAGAGCUUAUAAUUUAGCAAAAGAACAAAGGCUGAAUUUUGGGGAUGAUAUACCAAGUGCCCUAAGGAUGGCAAAGAAGAAGCGUUGGAACAGCAUUGAAGAUAAAAGAAUUCAGCAGGAAAAUGACCUCCAUGACUACCUCACCAAACUGAUCCUCUCAGAAAAGGAAAGGGAAGUGGAACAAUGUAAACGGAAACACUAUGAAGAGAACCUGGAUGAUUCCCGAACCCGAAUGGAAAUUGCAAAGAUAGAAGCCAGACAUGACAAGUACAUGAAUGAAAUGGAUGAUUUAUUCUCCCAGGUGGAUGAAAAGAGAAAGAAACGGGAUAUUCCUGACUACCUAUGUGGAAAAAUCAGUUUCGAGUUGAUGAGGGAGCCAUGCAUCACGCCAAGUGGGAUCACAUAUGACAGGAAAGACAUAGAGGAACACCUUCAGCGGGUGGGGCACUUUGAUCCUGUAACGCGAAGCCCUUUGACCCAAGAGCAGUUGAUUCCAAAUCUGGCUAUGAAGGAGGUAAUUGAUGCAUUUAUAUCAGAAAAUGGCUGGGUGGAAGAAUACUGAACUGGAUUUAACAGCAUCAGGACUUGCACAUUUGCACUGCAACGGCAACUCGAUGACUUGUACUAACCAGAUGAGUGAGAGUGAGCAAGCCACGGAGUCUGAGCGAGAGAGAGAAAGGGGAUGUGCAGGGGACACCUGUGGCUGUAUGCCUGACAGGUCACUUACCAUUUUGCUUGUGUUUAAAUUUCUUUACAUGCAUGUAUGUAAAUCUCAUUUGGCACAGAAAAUCUGAACCUUGAACAAUUAUUAAAGUGUUUCUGGCUCUUUAAUAAUGCUUGGUGCAGUUGGGAUAGUCUCUUUCACUUGAUUUUGGUUUUGUUAUCUUUUUUAAUCAUGAGAUUAAUUAAGUGAAUUCUGUUCUGUAGUACUUUGAGAUGAGCUUCGAUUGUGAAAUGUUGUAUCUGAUUUCUGUAAGUCCCUGACAUUAAGUGCACUUGAACAGCUUGUAUGCCUGAACAUUUGGCAGAUUUAAGUUUGUUAUAUGCACCAUUCAAACUUCAUUCCUUGCCCCUUGCCCCUUCCCCACGUUAGAUCUGUUUGCUGCCAUAGUGCUUUGCCUUUCAGCUGGAAUCCGUGGCACAGUUUUCUGUGGGUGCUGUCUGUAUGGUCAUCACCUAGUGUAUCUCAAGAAGACAGUGUAGGAUUGUACAGUGAAAUUUAUGACUGCUUUCGGUGCUUGUCCUGGGUUUGCUUCUGAUAGGUGGUAUCCACGUACAGCGAGCAAGCAAAUUCUUUCCUGGAGUUACUCUUGGUUACUGCAGCCAAAUCCAGAUACAGGCACUAGUUGAGUGGUUUGUUCUUUACUGAAAUUGCUAUGGAUCAGUAACUAAUCAGUGUGUGCCUGCAAGAUAUGUCAGUGAUAGCUAACGAGUCCCAAGGACAGGAUCCAGUGAUAUCAAUUGAAGGUAGUGCCUGUGAUUAUGUUUUGAGAAGUUUUAUUACAAAUAUGCCAUGGAGCAUUUUAGAUCAGUCGUUAAAGCAACAUGCUCAUCUGUACCCACAGUAAAGUGGUGACUAGAAGCAGUUCAGGGUAGCUGGUCCAUUAAGAAGGGUAGUUCAAUCACUCACAACAAAUGUGGAUAAAACAUUUAUGCUCAGUCGCUGAAUACUAAAGCAGAAACACUUGAAUUUGAGGAAAUAGAAUCUAUUCAACAGACCUUUGGACUUCUCCUUCCUCCCUCUCUCUCAUCACUGCACCCCCCACACAAGCAUACAAACAUAUUUUUAGAUAGGAAGAUAACUGUUAGUGAAUACUGAAAAUUUUAAUUGUUUUCCCGUGUAUUUUUGUCCUAUCUUAAAAGGGUUACUUAAAAACAUUAGCCCAGGAGAUCCCAGUCUAUAAUGUCUUUCUAGCAGUAUUUCACGUGGCAAUCUGAGGUUUCUGAUCAAUUUUAUUCUUAAUACUUUUCAGAAAUUCAGAAUCUAUCUGGCACAUCUGAAUGCAAUAUUAAAAUAUACACAUUUCUAGGUUGUUACGUCCCUCUUAAAGAGAGUAUUCAUUACCUUAAUAAAAUUAUAAAUGAUUGGAAUUUUGGUUAUUGUGUAAAUUAUUCACACUCUAACUGCCAAUAUCUCCUCCCAUUCCUUCUACACAUUUCCUUACCUGUGAUCUUUUAAAUGGAGAUGAUGGUGAGAUGUCACAGCACAAUAUGGGUUUCUGUACUGAUGAUAUCUAACUGCACUGAAGGAGUAUUGGGAUGGAGAAUGUUGUUUGACAUUGCAUCACCCUGGGUGUGUAAUAGCUUUGGUUUUCUGCUGCUGCCACUGGGAUUUUGGACACUGAUUAGUUCAUAACCAUUGUCUGUCUGAUAUCCCAAUCAGGAACUCAAGGCCAAGAAAUAAGUUUUGCUUUGUGUACCUGCUAAAGGUGAAAUGGGCUAUUCUAUCUUCAUACAGUUGCUCCGUCAGCUUCAUGGUUUUUUUUUGGUUUUACUAGAUCAUUAAAUAUAACAAGUAUACACUUUGUUUUCACUCAUGUAAUGUGGGCAAAAAUGUCUAGAGACUUGCAACUGCAGUGAUUCGGUUAAGUUUUAUUUUGAAGAUUAAAUAUUUAUGUAUGAUUUCGAGGCACCUGAAGUCAGGUGUUUUGCGUAUGUUUUAUUAAAUAGACAAAGAAUUAAACAGUUGUUAAAAUAUCAUAUCUUACAAUGCAGUAUCUGGUUUGUAUUGGUGUGUAGAUGAUUUGGAUCUGAAGCAUGACUGAAAUUACUGUUUCAUAUCUUAAACUAUAGAGAGAAUACUCCACUGCACCAAAGUCAGUUCAAAAUUGUCACUUCUGUGCAUUCCCCCUGCAGCCAGAGAAUGUGACUGGCCUGAUUGUUCUUUUCUUCAUGCACCAUUGCUCUGUACCACGGAAGAGAUAGUUUUGCUAAGCAAAACAGGCUUUCAUUAAAAAAAAAUCAAUUAGUCUUGUCCAUCUCCCUUCACCUUUGUUCAUCAACAUACAAUCCUAAAAGGAGAAUGGCCUAAAUUGAGUUUUCUGCAUGCUGCCUUGAUGAUCGUGUGGAGUUCAUAACCCUAAGAUAAUUUGGCCAUGGCUAGGAAACAUUGCUGUUUUAGGAAUAUAGAUUGUGCGUCCCAGCCAAAGUAUGGAACAAACUGAAUGUAUUGUUUCGCUGUUGCAGCUACUCAUGUGUUUCAUGAAUUGCACCCUAGGCGUGUAAACCUUCUGACUGAGACAUAUUUUAAGACACUUUUUGUGUGGAUUUAAGGCCUCUAUCUAAUUAGCUGUCAGAGAGAGAAAAUCAUCCUCUCAAUCUGGAUUGGAUUUAAUACUAUGUCUAAGACUUGAAUAGUCAAUGUUUGUUUAGCAGUGUGUUGACUAGUGAUAAUAGUUAAAGGAGUUUUAUAUUCUACAAUAAUUCCAGAAAUUGAUUGCUAAUGUUACUUGAUAGUGUCUGACUAGGAGUAAAACUAUGUGACCUAAUAAAGUAACACAAGUUGUUUCUUACAUGUCAUGGGAGCAAUUGAUUAUUUUUCCUUUGUUCUUGUGUGUGAAUGUAUUUGGACGUACUUCCUUUGGGAAAAAUAUACUUGUUCAUGGAUUUGCUUUAAUCACUUUUGUCCCUCCCAUUGUCCCAGAUGAUAAAACUAACCCAUUUUCAAAGGUAUGCAGAAGUGAUCUGUAGGGUUGAUUUUCUGCAAUUCUCUUCCUGUUUCACGCAGACAAUAUCAGUCAUAAAUUCUGGCAUGAUCUAUGUGCUGUAUUGGAUUUUUGAGUAUCUAUAAUUGUGCAAUUGGGACCUAGUUUUGGGUGGUGGGUGAGGGGAAUAUUGUGAAAGAUAACAGAACAGACAACCAAGGGAUCAUUUCCCCUAUGACCUUGUUUGUAUGAAAGAAUCCUUCCUCUUGAGUUGAUCAAACUUGAAAGUCAAGCUGCAGAACUUUUGGUACCUGAAUGAAGCAAUAGUGUGCAAUCAAAUAAUUUUACUUUUCCAUAAUAAAAAAAAACUUGAAAUAUUAUUCGUGCAAGAGUGACGGAUAAGACAGCCUGAGCUUGCUAGAUGUUCUGUAAGAUUUCCAGAUUUUGGUUAUAUUGAUUUUUCUGAGAUUACCUCACUUUUCAGUAAUCUAAUCAUUCAGUAAUUCUGAUUACUGUAUAUUUGUCCAAUAAGUCAAUGUACUGUCUUAAUGUACUGAAUCGGGAUGUUUUGCUUGAUAGGUUCUGUAAUUGUGAUUAUAGCAGAUGCAGAAUAAAGGCUCUAUAACUUUG